UCGCUCGCUCUCUCUGCGGAAUGCGCACUGCACUUGUGGGUGAGCAGAACGGCAGGCGUUAAAGAGGGAGCGAGGUCUGGUCUAACUUAGUCCUGGCUUGAGUCCUCAGGUUUCGGCAGAGUGCCUUGAGAAUCAUUUUUGUUACUAAUAAUUAAAAAAGCUUUCUUUAGACUCCUUAAAAAUCGUUUUAACCCCUUUUCCAUACCAUUCAAGGGUUGAAUAGUUAUUUAUUGCUCUCAAAGAGAGUGUUAGCCCCGAGGCGUUGACUCUGUGAGUGCACAUUUAUUUCAGGAAAAUGGCAAAGGAUGAUAAGGAGAACGCAUGGAAGGAGUUCUUCUGGAACCCGAGGACGCGCGAGUUCUGCGGUAGGACCGCGAGCAGUUGGGGUCUGAUCCUGUUGUUUUAUCUGGCAUUCUACAUUUUCCUGGCUGCAUUAUUUGCUCUCACCAUGUACGUAAUGCUGCAGACACUCGAUGACCACAGACCAACAUACCAAGAUAGACUUUCAACUCCAGGGAUGAUGAUCAGACCUAAAGGAGAGCAGCUGGAGAUCGUUUACACAGUGGAGUACACAGAGACCUGGGAAAGAUAUGUCUCAGCCCUCAAUAACUUCCUGUCGCCCUACAAUGACUCAGUCCAAGCCCAGAAGAAUUAUGAGUGUAAACCUGAUCAGUACUUCAUCCAGGAGGACAGCGGCAGUUUGAAAAACUUCCCCAAGCGUUCCUGCCAGUUCAAACGCUCCAUACUGGAGGACUGCUCUGGGAUCACAGAUCGUUACUAUGGUUACGAUAAGGGCAAGCCCUGCAUCAUCAUUAAGCUCAACCGUGUGAUUGGUCUGUUGCCUGCUAGGGACAGGCAGCCUCCUUACGUCACAUGUGGUGCUAAAGUGGACGACUCAGAUAAACUUGGUGAACUGGAGUACUUUCCCCCUAAUGGCACCUUCAACCUUAUGUACUACCCAUACUAUGGCAAGAAAGCCCAGGUGAACUACUCUCAGCCUUUAGUGGCCAUUAAGUUCCUCAACAUCACCAUGAAUGAGGACGUCAACGUGGAGUGCAGAAUCAACGCUAACAACAUUCCAGACGGCAGUGAACGAGACAAGUUUGCAGGACGCAUUUCCUUCAAACUGAGGAUCAACUCCAGAAAUUAAAUAGGCAAAAGUGUGUUUUUUUUUUUUUUUUUACACACAGACACAGACACACACAGGUCAUCCUCAUCUAAAAGACUGCAUGAUUAUGCGCAGAAGGCACAACUAGAGACAUAAGCCAGACACAGCAAUCCUCAGCACAGACAGAGCAUAGAUUUUUUUUUUUUUUUUCAUUUGAGACUGUAGUGAGGUUGUGGAGUUAGUAAGGUUGUUUUUGUGUAUUUAUGUGUGUACAUCAGUGUGUGUGUGUGUGUGUGUGUGUGUGUGUGUGUGUGUGUUAGCAUGUAUGAGUUGAGAUACAGUAUUUAUUUUCUGAAAUUUUAAUUGCAUGCUCAGCUAUCAGAGCUAUUAAUUAAAAAUAAUAUUCUAUUAAAACAAUAUUAGGAAAGGAAUAUAAUAAAAAAGGAGAAAAAUUCAGUAUCUAAUAAAUAUGCUGUUUUCUUCCCUCGGUAUCAUUAAUUAAUUUAAGCAGGUAUCUAUGAAUUGAUGUAGCAUGAUCUCAUGUGUGUUUGGAACAUCUCUUGACUGCUAGGAUUUUUAUUUUAUUUUUAUUAUUAUUAUAAUUAUUAUUUUUAUUUAUUUAUUCAUUUAUUUUAUUUUUUUUUACAUGUGUGUAUCAGUUCUGAAGAGUGGUAUUGGAACGUCUUCUCUGUUUGAUUUGUGGCUUUAUAAGUGAAGAGGAUAUUUUAUACCAGCAUGUACAUAAUGCUGUGCACGAUGACGUCAGCUCUGCAUUUCUCUUCAACACACACAAGAAAACUGAUACAUUCACAUUACUGCAUUCCUGUUGUUUUCGGAACAGUCUGUACUUUCAUAUGAUGAAGUGUGUCACGUUUCAUUUAUCAUGAGGCAUGUCUAUUUAAGUUGUUUAUAUGUAAAAUUGGUCUUUGCAGUAUUUUACUUUUUGUUUUUUUUUUUGGCAUGUGUAAUCCAAUUUGUCUCAUAUGGUGAGGGGAUAUGAUGUUUUGUAUUGAUUUGCACCAACUCAGAGGAUGACAGCGGGCCUGGGUUCAGUUUAAAAUCUGAAAAUAGAUAGAAGAAGUGUGUUUGAUGUGUGUGUGUGUGUGUGUGUGUGUGUGUGUGUGUGUGUGUGAAUAUGUGUGGAUUCCUACAUGUGUGUUUUAUUUGAUUUGAUUUGUUUUAUGUAAUCUUUUUGCACAAUUAUCUAUAUAUUUGGGUUUUGUUGGAAGUGUUUUGUGGCGAGUUCAUACAGUAUAUAAGAGCAUACAUGCAGUCAUAUAACUGACAAGUGUACACUUCCUCUAAUGCCCUAAUCCUUUAAUCUAACUAGAUCAGGGGUCUCCAACCCUGCUCCUGGAGAGUUACCCUCCUGCAGACUUCAGUUCCAACACACCUGUCUGUAAUUAUCAAUAAGCUGGUUCAGGUAUGUUUGAUAGGUAUGUAGCUCUCUAGGAGCAGGGUUGGAGACGCCUGCACUAGAUAAUCCUAAAUGCUUUACACCAUUUCCUCCAGUAUCCAUCUAUAAAUAAAGUGACAGCUCAUUUACUGAAAAAUAUUCAGUUGAGUGAAAAUUUGAUCACUUUCA